AUGGAAAAUUCCAAGAAGCUUACCAAUUGUCGAUUACGGCGGUCGGUAUUGAUGCGUGAAGGUAUUUCUCUUCUUGUUAUUAAAGAUCGAACCGAAUUCGAAAUGAAGAUUCUUGAUUAUGGGAAAAUCCAUCAGUAUCUUAUUUUUCAUUGUGAAAACUUUCUGCAAUGCAUAAAAUAUUUCAAGAAAGCUUCAUCACAACAUUGUAUUAUUCUUUUAUUUAUCAAUUUCAGCAAUGAUCAAAUACAAACGAUGCUUUCGCAACUCCAUUCAUAUCGGCAACUUCAAGCUAUUCUUACUUUACAGUUACAAAAAGACAAAGCGAACGUCGAAAAUGAAAAUCGCAUUGAGACGAAGCCAAGUAAAACUUUAGAAAAUCACUUGAAAUUAAUUCAGAACUUUGAUCAAUGGGAUUCACUCUGCAGCAAUUUACAAAACCUUAUCAGUACUACAGAGAAACAUAUUAAUGAUACAGGCCUAAUUUCUACUUGCAAUUCAGCAGAAAAAGCAUUACGAAAUCUAAAACAUGAUUUGGGUGCAUUCGUUUGGACACAUACAUUUCGAGUACUUUUUAUAAACAUGCCUCAUAAUUCCAAAGAAGCGAAAUUUCAAAUGUUACGAGAAUGUCGAAAAUGUUUUUAUCAUCAACCUUCUCAACUGAAAGAAAUAGACGAAUUUCAACGAAAUUAUCGAUCAUGUGAUGCAAUUAAAUGGUAUACAAAACCAGGUUUUCUUUCUUCUCUGGUGAACAAAACUCUACGUUCAAAUAAUGUACAUGCUUUGUAUACAUUCCGAUAUUUUAUCUUUGAUCUAUGUGAAAGUUUAGCGUUGAUACGAUAUCGUGAUUUGAAACCAUUUUUUGUAUAUCGCGGUACAAUACUACAUCGUGAUGAGGUCGAACAAUUAAAAGUCGAUUCAACUGUAUCGAGUAAUGGCUUUUUCUCUUCAACUUACUCUCGUCAAAUUGCUUUAGCAUUCGCGGAUUCUGAUCGAGAUCGAUCUCGAACAGAUCCAUAUCAAUUCAUCCUGUUUCAAAUCAACGUUGAUCUCCAUCUAACACCUGAUCUUAUCGGUGCAGAUAUCAGACAGCAAAGUUUCAUAGUAGACGAAGAAGAAUUCUUAUUCGAUCUCGGAACAACAUUCGUCAUCACUGAGAUUUUCUAUGGUGAUUUAGAUCAUCUGUGGCAUAUUCAAAUGACAGGAUCAAAUGAAGCAGCACAACGAAGUCGCGAAUAUGAUGCUUAUAUGCAUCAACGACUUUCGGAAACAAAUGCGACCAUUUUAUAUGGUCGUGUAUUGGCUCAUAUAAGUGAAUAUUCAUUAGCUGUACAACAUUUUCAGCGACUUUUACGAAAAUUACCUGUCAAUCAUGAAGAUCGUCCUAAUAUACAUUAUCAAUUAGCUCGUAUGUAUCGUUUUUUAGGUAAACAUCAACAAGCCAUUCAUUAUUUCAAAUGUGCAAAAUUGUUGUAUCGUCGAUUAUUACCUCAACAUAGUUAUGAGUAUGGAACAGUUUUAGCCGGUUUAGGUACUGUUUAUAUGGAAUUGAAUGAUUCAAAAAAUGCUUUGGUUGUACUUGAACAAGCUACUUUCUAUUAUAAUUGUGAUUCGAAUAAUUAUAAUACUGAAACAAUUUUCCAUUUCAAUCGACUUAGCUAUGCAUAUUAUCUCGAAAAGCAAUACGAUCGAGCAUUAGAGUUAAACUACAAAACAUUGAUUUUUUACAAGAGCAAAAUGCCUACAGAUCAUCCCGGACAUGCACAAACUUAUCAUAAUUUAGGAUUAGUACAGCGAGCAAUGGGUAUGGUGAAUGAAGCACUUGUUUCUUUUAAAGAAGCACUUCGAAUGCGAGAAGUUCUACUUGCUCCCACACAUCCAUAUGUCGCUCGAACAUGUUAUCAAAUAGGCUUACUUUUCGAAGAAUGUAAAGAUUAUUCUUUAGCAUAUGAAUUCGCUUCCAAAGCACUUCGUAUUCAGCAACUUAAACUACCAUCUGAUCAUUCAGAACUCGUUUUAUCGAAUGAACUUGUUGAACGGUUAUCAAUCCUUAAUAAUAUGACUGUCUAA